GAGGACUCCCUUGUUGUGUGGCUCUAGACGGCGAGACGUUCAGAAAGCUGACGGCGGGAAGAGAAGCUGAACGUAACUUAGCACAACGGGACCGACACUCAACACCAGCGGCUUCUCCGAAGACUGUCCCUCUCCUCGGGGUGCUGAAGCGGCAGCGGCGGACACGCUGGAGCCUCCCGCUGUCGCUUCACCGGCCGACUCGUCUGUUGCUUCUUCGCAGGUCUGUUCAGAAGAGCAAGGCACUUGUGGCAUGACGACGACUAACAAAGGAGAUAAAGCCUUGAGGGUGAAGCGCGAGCCGGGGGAGAAUGGCACCACCCUCACGGACGACGAGCUGGUGACCAUGUCGGUGCGGGAGCUGAACCAGCACCUCAGGGGGCUCACCAAAGACGAGAUCCUGCAACUGAAGCAACGGCGGCGCACCCUGAAGAACCGGGGCUACGCCGCCAGCUGCCGGGUGAAGCGGGUCACCCAGAAGGAGGAGCUGGAGCUGCAGAAGACGCGGCUGCAGCACGAGGUGGACAAGCUGGCCGACGAGAACGCGUCCAUGCGCAUCGAGCUGGACGCUCUGAGGUCCAAGUACGAGGCGUUGCAGACCUUCGCCAGGACCGUGGCACGGAGCCCGGCCGUCGGGGUCGGGGUGAGGGCGGGAGGGGGAGGCGGCGGCGGCGGUAUGGCGGCGUCAGUCAUUGGGCCGUUCAUACCGGGGAAGAUGGCGACAGCCACGAGCGUGAUCACCAUAGUGAAGUCGAAAACGGACGCACGGUCUUGAGGGAGGGGAGGGCGGAGGCAGUUCAGGUGCGACGGGGGUCAUUCUUCCUCUCUGCCGGCCGCCUCUCCUCCACCCGCACCGACGUCAAACAGCGAGGCAGCGGCCGCCGCGUUCGCCUCGACGGGUUCCCCCCCCCCCCCCCCCGUCGCCCGUCUCCGAUCGGCGCAGGCGAGAGAGAGGAUGCAGGCAGAGGGAAAUGAUUGCGACUAUGAAGUCGGGAGUCCGUGGUCAUUUAGAACAGGACGGAUACACGGCGUUCCCACGGUAACUGGAAGCCUGGAGAAAUCGGAGAAUUCGAGAUUAUUUUUAUUCCAGGCCAGGAGAGGGUGGUGGGGGGGGGGGGGAAUCCCCCCCCAAAAUACCCAAUCAUGCAAUUUUGUACAGUUGCGACUCACAUCGGUCACGUGUUCAGCGUCGAGUUUCACUGCUGGUAGAUCAGGAUAUCUGUAAAGUCGAAAUAAUCCCGUCACACUAGGAUUUGAAGUCGACAUUUAAAUUCGCAAACAAAAGUAUUCUAACACGUGCGUUGCAUACGAGACAAAAAGGAAAGACGGUAUUAACGUUUUGGCGCCAAAACAAUUCACAAUUUGACCGGUUGAUUUCAGAGUCCCGUCACGCUCGACCCGAUCGCCAAGAAGCUUCUUUUUUUUCACAAAAGAACUAUAGACGAAUAUAUAUUACACGAUGGUGGUGACUGUAUUUCUACUGUUUUGUACGGUGUCGUCAUUCACACGAGGUCCAAAGUGUAUUCUCUGUGUCAACUGUUGUGUAUCAGGAAUUCUGUGAAAUUCUGUGGCGUGUUGGUUUUUUGGUAUUGCUAUAUUUAGUGAGCUGUAUUUUUUUCUACGGUCUCUUCACUUCCUAUGUCCAACUCUCUUUUUUCCCGAUUCAAACUGAUUCUCUUCAUUUCACGUAGGAUCUAACAGAAAGAGUGGGGGGGGGGUAAGGCAAUUGAUUAUUUAUCCAAAAACUAAAGAACAUAAGGGGAUAAAGUUACAGGAAGUCACUGACCCGAUAUAAGUUUUUCGGAUUUCUUUCAGGGAAAUGGCCAAUUGAGCAUUAGAGCUCCUCUCAAAAAGAAGGCGAGCGGACAUGGAGCGUGGGAGGACGGUGGCGGUUCAGUGCAGGCGUUCGCUUAAUGUGAAGCACUAACUAAUCAGGAAUCAGGUGGAGACAGCAGUUUACUGUGCGUUGUUGUGUGAGCUGUGUAGUAGCAAGAUUAAUCAUAUUGAGAACACCCAUUUGUGUGACUCGGACGCUCAUUUACCGGAAAAAAAACAAGUGUCUGCAAAAACAGCGUUGUUGUUUUUUUUGCACAGGACAUGCUUUUUUUGGUUAAUGUUCUAAUUUGGAGUAAAAGUCCACAAAUCUGUUCCACGAAAAUGACUUUGGUUUGCAUGUUUAUGAUCUUGAUGGUCGACCGACUUUAUGACACCUCUACAGCAACGUUCUGGCCUCCAAUCAAAGUCGCGUUGCUUUUAAACACAACGUGUGAUUUCCGUGUCUCUGAAUGUCCGGUCGCACAAAUGGGGCGUCGUUUCACACGAGUCGUACCACAGAAGUAGUCGUACGCGGUGUCCUAUACUCCCAAUAAUCUGUGUAUCUAUGUACGGUAGAGUGUGGAAUUUUAUAAAGACGAUUAUCUUUGCAUUGUUUGUAACGACCUGUAACAAAAGGUAUACCGACGAUCUGUUUGAUAUACAGUAUCCUCUCUAUUUUGCAAUUGUACCAAAAGUGGCUUAACUGCUGAAUAGCUGAAUAGCUUUGUGUAGCGGUCACCAUUUCGUGGAUAUGACUUUUGAUCCUUGUUUUGAUUUCAGGCCAAAGCGGGUGAUGUCACUGUGGGUACCGGCACUCUUUCUCUAAUCAUAAGAUCUUCGUCCUCGCGGCCCCCCCGUCGCUCAGCCUCGGCGCUGCGUACACGUGUGUGCGGUCGAGUGCUUAUCGGCUCGUAAUCUGCAUGCAUUUAAUUUAAUUUAACCCUCCUGUUACCUUCAAAUUUACUAACAUAUUUUACCCGUGGGGUCAAUUUGACCCCAGCAAUUAAAACCUCCAGAAAAUUAUUAGAAUUAAUAUUGUUUCCGAAGUUUAAGUGUCACUUUAUGUUUGUUUGUUGACUACCUAAAUAGCCCUUUAAAUGAAUAAAAAAGUUGAUAUUUCUUAUAUGUUUACACAGUAAAAAACAGCCCGGGGUCAAAUUUACUAAUUUAUAAGUUGUGUACAGGACAUUGAAAACAUAUCAUCAUGUGAAUUUUAGGUUUUUCCAGUUGUCCCCAAUAAAUUAGGAAAAGUCAUGAAAUAUGAAGCAAAAAAAAAAGAUGUCAAUCAUUUUUUUUAGAGACGUUAAAUAUUGAAAGGGGUCAAAUUGACCCCCAAAGGUAACAGGAGGGUUAAGUUCACUUUGGCAGACCCAUUUUCUGCUUUUGUUCCCUUCUGAACAGGUCCCUGUGGUGUUAUUUUGUUUUAGCGAUAUAAGGACCGAUGAGAGGAGGACGUGUGAUGGUUCAUGACCUCACGAGCUUCACGUUAUUGUGUAUUCAUCUGGGGAAAAGUAUCCGAGGUGUGAACCUUCAACGAUGGGGCCCCAAUCCUCCUCUUUCAAUAACUUAUUUUUGAAGUGUGUUUUUGCUCUGUGUAUAUUUUAUCAUAGUUCUGUAUAUAUAUAUAUUUUGUUGUUUUUGAAUUGUUCUGUAAGUGUCAGGGAAGUGAAAAUAAUUUAAUGUAUUUGGUGUUUUAUGAUGUGGAGAAAAAAAAUGAUUAUGCUAUUUAAUGGUUUGUCUAUCAAAGAUUUCGGUUAACUUCACAAAGUACAAUUUCCUCAAAUUGUUUUUGUUUUUUUACCUAAUGAAGACCUUGUCAUUUACCGAAAUAUCAUUUAUAUACACUACCGUUCAAAAGUUUGGGGUCACUUAGAAAUGUCUUUAUUUUUCAAAGAAAAGCACUGUUUUUUCAAUAAAGAUAACAUUAAUCAAAAAUACACACUAUACAUUGUUAAUGUGGUAAAUGACUAUUCUAGGUGGAAGUGUCUGGUUUCUAAUGAAAUAUCUCCAUAGGUGUAUAGAGGCCCAUUUCCAUCAACUAUCACUCCAGUGUUCUAAUGGUACAUUGUGUUUGCUAAUCGCCUUAGAAGACUAAUAUCUGAUUAGAAAACCUUUGUGCAAUUAUGUUAGCACAGCUGAAAACAGUUAUGCUGGUGAUAUAAGCUAUACAACUGGCCUUCCUUUGAGCUUGAAGUUUGAAGAACAAAAUUAAUACUUCAAAUAUUAAUCAUUAUUUCUAACCUUGUCAAUGUCUUGACUAUAUUUUCUAUUCAAUUUUCAAUUCAUUUGAUAAAUAAAAGUGAGUUUUCAUGGAAGACACGAAAUUGUCUGGAUGACCCCAAACUUUUGAACGGUAGUGUACAUGAUAAAAAGCAGUAGCCUCUACGUCCAUGCAGCCUUUUACCGGAACCACUUCUUUUCCACUGUGAAGUCAAAAGGUUAACUAGCCUACUGCUGUGCAGUUAUUACGAGUAGCCAGGUGUGUGUGUACAUCUGCACCCUACAUUCAUAAUAUAUAAUAUCCAACAGGCGAACAAAGGCAUUGGAAGGGAAACGGGAAGUUUGAGAUUCAAAAACACGAUUUCUCCAUUAAUCUUAACACUGGUUUGCAGGUUUAUUCUACCGUGAAAUGGUGUCACGUUUAUCACGGCAGAGGAAUACACCCCAUGGUAUCAGAGGCAUCACACCCAGUUUAUGUUUAUCUAUGUGCUCUGCAUUUUAUUUUUAAUGUGUCGGAAAGCUGUUCGAUUAUCAACUUGAUUUUGUUUAGUUGCGUCCUGUCUGUAUUUCCAUUUGCUUCUAGAAGGAUGUUUCUUUAGUGUGGUAGGAAAUGGGAAGAAGCAAAAUAUGAAGCAAAACCCCGACCUCUCCGCUGCUUGUCAAAGUGUACGUGCCGAACGUGUGUUUCCACCCGGUCUGUAUAUUUCUAGCGUAAAUGUGUCAACAUGGUAGACAUUUCCAAUUAUGCAAACUGUGAGGCAGAAUUAGAACUCCCUGCCACACUAGGAGCUGUGAGACUUUGGUGGUGGUUGUGUCAAGUUGUCUGUUUUUUAUAAUUGCAGGUAUACCUGUGUGGCGUGACAAGGUUAUAGAGCUUCUAUGCAGAGCGUUUAGCAUUUUGUUCUGGGUUAUAAACGCCAGCUCCGGUUAGUCUCUGUUUUUUUUUUAAACUGGCUUAUCUGUGCCACUUAAUAAUUGACUGUAAAGACAUAAAAAUCUAAUUUUUAUCCAUUUCUAAUUGAGAAUACUGCAAAGUAGCUGUCAUGCAAGGCCUGAAGAUAAUUACGAACGUCUUCCAGACUUUUCACACGUUGCGGUUGUCGUAUUUCUCCAGUGUGAAGAUGUGUCGGGUUGUUAUGACACAAAUGAGGUGAAAACAUUCUAGAAGUUUCUUCCUAAGACACGAUCAGCUGACCACGAGUGACCAUUAGCAACGAGGACGCAGCUCGGCGGUUUUUCACAGCAGAGUUUAUUUAUGAGCUUGAAAGACGCGUUGACCUUUCUUCCACUGCCUGUAACGAGGUCACGACCUCCUUUAUGAAAAGACAUCUCUCCUCAAACCCCGAGCAACAGCUCUUAAACCACAUCUAUAAAUAUUUUAGAGGCAGAAAGGAGUGGUGGAGACACAUCUGAUGAAAACCCUUUCGCCAUUCCACAUAUCACAUACCCCCGUUUCUUUUUUUCAAAGUGUCAGCGAGUUAACUCAGCGGGCUGCCGAGCUCUCCUUCAAAAAAAACAUUCAAUUCUUCGAGAAGAUGCAAAUCAUUAACUUCUUAUCUUUCAGCUCGGCUGAUUGGUAUGUCGUCGUUCGGUGGUUUUCCUGUGGAGUGAAUCACGCCACUGGACUCUAAAAGCCCUUUCACCUCCAAUGCCGAUCGAUGAGAGUAAAUGAACCAGAGGUUCCUUUGAUCGUUUGUUUGGUGUUUUCAUCAAUAAUGUUUGUUUUGUACGCCCUUCUGCUGCUCUCUCUCUCUCUUCGUUCCUCUUCUUAUCAGUAUCACAGCCUCUCGCAUACAAUUCUUAAGAGUUUUUGGUUUCACAUUAUCAUAUUCUCUUAUUUAUAUCAUCUUAUUGUAACAGUCUACUUCUCUACUUGUACUCAAGGUCACAUUGUUGUCGCCCAUCACACCACACGUGGGUCCACUGGUGAGUUACUCAUGGCUAUAUUUUUGUGUUCUGAAAGUAUCAGUUUAGAGCUAUAGAAAAGUAGUGAGCCCUUGUAAUGGGACAUUCUGUGUUUUGUAAUAUUUCUGUAUGAGGUGUAAUACAUUAUUCUAUGAUAGUACUUUAUAUGGGAAAAUACUUAAAAUGUGACAGUCUUUGUAAGUAUUUAUCUUCCACUAAAUUAUUGUACUUAUAUUGGGGCAAUUUGUAGAUACGUAAGUGAUGAUGAUGAUGAUGAUGAUGAUGACAAGGUAUUGGUAAUCAUGAAAUUAGCUGUUUCAUCACCGGUCUGAUGCAUCUUUUAAUUUAUUGAUGUAUAUACUGUAUGUUUGUUGAUAAACAGCUUACUUUAUUUUGUAUAUGACCAAUAAACUUGUUUUCUAAUGGAA